GUCAGGUGGUCCGGAGGUGCCUCAACAACUUGCUCAAGGGGAGAUGGAUUGUCCUAUGUCAGACCUAGAACUAGACAUGCCUCAUGAGCCACAUGUGCGGGAGUACAAGGAGGAACACUCUUCUCAGGAGAAGGAACCGGACAAGAAAGAGAGAGCGGCAAAAGAUCAAGAGAUAAGGGUUCAGGUCAGGAUGAAGAAACUUGCUGAGCUGCAUGAGAGGAUGCAGCAAGGAAAGGAGCCUGAGGAGAUGGAUGACAAAGGUGGUAAAGGUGCUUGCACUCAGGAGGAGGACCUCCCCCUAUUCUCAGGGGUAUGGGUCAACUUUGACAAUCUGGUGGACGCUGCAGGAAGGUCUGGAGGGCAGCAUCAGGAAAUGGGGUUCAAGUUAAUCUCUACAGACCUACUCAACCUGAGGGGCAUGAUGAAGGAAGGCUUCGCAGCAGCCAGAGCUUCAGAUGAGAAGGUUGGGGACAGGCUGACAAAGGUGGCACAGAAAGCGUAUGGCCAGAGGGUAGAAUGGGAAAGAGAAAUUGAAGACUUGAAGAAGGACCUGGAAAGACAGAGCAAAGAGAUGGAGGCUGUAAAAGCAGAUAUGGAAAAGUUUUGGGCAGAGAACGAGGCCAUCAGGCAGGUCAACCAAACCCUCAAUAAGGUCAACAACGUCCUGAGGGCCUACUUACAGGCGCAACAAGUUUCCUUCCAGGCAAAGGAAGCUGAAUGGGAGAGGAGGAUACAAGACCUCGAAGCCAAGUAUACGCGACAUGCUCCUACUGCCCUGGUGGAUUGGACAGAGGUCCAAGAGAUCAGGAAACAACCUGCAGAAGAUGCCUUCAAAUGCCUGAGGGAGAAAGAAAAGGUGGACCGGCAGGAGGGUGAGGAGAUUCUCCUGAUAGACAAAGAAAUGUUGGAGUCGCGAUGAGAACUAGCUGUGAAGGGCCCAGAGGUUGCACAAACGGUUAUCAAGUGGCUGAAAAUUCAGGAAUGAAGAUUCUGAAGUGAG